GACGUGAUCGGUCUCUCUUUCUCUCUCUCUCUCGCUCCCUCCCUCACCCCUUUGUUUGUAUAGUUACUUUUUUCCUUUUUACUUUUCUCCAUCUCCCCGGACCAGUGUGUGUGUUUGUGUGUAUCGGUGGCGCCGCCUGCUCAGUGUGUGGGGUGUGUGUGACGAUGGCUCGAGGACAGGGAGUGGAGCACAGCAACGCUCUACUGCAGCGCAAAGCGGCCGCGAGCGCGCGCACACAGGGUGCGAGGAUCCAGCUCUCCGUGUGCCACAAGCUGUGCUAUGCCAUCGGCGGAGCUCCCUACCAGAUCACGGGCAGCGCCCUGGGCUUCUUCCUGCAGAUCUACUUGCUGGAUGUAGCGCAGCUGGACCCCUUCUGCACCUCCAUCAUCCUGUUCAUGGGCCGCGCCUGGGACGCCGUGACGGACCCCACCAUCGGCUUCCUGGUGAGCCGCAGCAGAUGGACCCGCAUCGGCCGCAUGAUGCCUUGGAUCGUCCUCUCCACCCCAUUGGCUGUGCUCAGCUACUUCCUGGUCUGGUGGGUCCCGCCCUUUGAGCAGGGCAAGGUCCUGUGGUACCUUGUGUUCCUCUGCCUCUUCCAGACGCUGCAGACGUGCUUCCACGUGCCCUACUCGGCACUCACCAUGUUCAUCAGCUCCGAGCAGAGGGAGCGGGACUCGGCCACUGCAUACCGCAUGACCAUGGAGGUGCUGGGCACAGUCGUCGGCACGGCAAUCCAGGGGCAGAUUGUGGGCGGAGCCAAUGCGUUUUGCAAAGCCCAAGUCGUGGACGAACCAGGUGUCUUCAACGCCUCGGCGUCCCCAGCAGGAGCAGAUGCCAACGUUUCGCACGCCUGCCUCGACUACACAAAACAGGCGUACAUGGUAGCGUCUGGGGUCACCUGUGCCAUCUAUGUCCUGUGUGCCGUCGUCCUGCUGCUGGGGGUCCGGGAAUAUGACUGCAGCCCCUCCCCGUCGGCGAAACCCCUGUCCUUCUAUAGGGGCCUCAAGCUGGUGAUGGGGCACGGACCUUACGCCACGUUGGUCAUGGGCUUCCUCUUCACAUCUCUGGCCUUCAUGCUGCUGGAGGGCAACAUCGCCCUCUUCUGCACCUACAGCCUCAGCCUGGCUGGCGACUACCAGAACAUUCUGCUGGUGAUCAUGCUCUCCGCCACGCUGAGCAUCCCGCUCUGGCACCGUUUCCUGAUCCGCUUCGGGAAGAAGACAGCCGUGUAUGUCGGCGUCACGUGGGCGGUGCCCUUCAUGGUCCUCAUCGCAUGUGUCCAGAGCAGCCUGCUGGUGGCGUACCUGUGCUCGGUGGCAGCGGGUGCCAGCGUGGCGGUGGCUUUCCUCCUUCCCUGGUCCAUGCUGCCUGACGUGGUGGACGACUUCAGGGUGAAGAACCCAGAGUUGCAGGGCCACGAGGCCAUUUUCUACUCCUCCUACGUGUUCUUCACCAAGUUCGCAUCCGGAGUGUCGCUCGGCGUGUCCACCCUCAGCCUGUCGUUUUCAGGCUAUGUGACGGGCAGCUCUGUCCAGCCGCCCCUGGUGGACUUCACCCUGAGGAUACUCGUGUCCCCUGUGCCCAUCGUGCUCAUCUUCGUCGGCCUCCUCAUCUUCAGGCUGUACCCCAUUGACGAGCAGCGGCGGCAGGGCAACCGCAAGCUGCUGCGGGAGCUCAGGAACAAGCAGCCGGACUCGGAGACGGACUCCAUGGAAACGGGCACCGUGGUUUAAUGACAGCGACCUGGAAGACUGCCAGCAGGGGAGCAUCAUGGUGGAGCACUGGGGGGAGAGGCGCCUGCCGAAACGGGAUGCUGUGCGUCUCCCUCCUGUGGGCCGUUGCACUAAUGAACACUCUGCGUGUGAGAGGGUUAGGGUUCGAACCGGAAAACUGAGCAAUGUGGGACUGAGUGAGUCAGGAACUGAGGUUUUCAGUGUUUACAGUGUAGUUGAAGCACUAGUGUAGUGUAGUUGACACUUUGAUAUGGGUGGGUGUGUGUGAGGUGGGGUCAUCCUUUGGAAGGUGGCACUGUGACAUCCCUUUAGCUGGAAGUGUGGAGAAGGCCAAUGUUAAGUGACCAGAGUCCACUCCUUCCGUGUGUGUGUGUGUGUGUGUGUGUGUGUGUGUGUGUGUGUGUGUGUGUGUGUGUGGUGCAGGUGCCAAGGGCAAAGCUGCUCUGUAGUAGUGUGAACAUGAAUAUGUGUUAUAAAUAAAUGUUAUUUCUGAACUUUAUUCUGUGCCACUAGAUGAUCAGAGAAGCAGAGUGGAGUCAUGAAGCCCCAACUUGUAUCGUUCUGAAUGUGAAAUUCUUUCUGCAGUGUUAAAUUUUGAUGGACUCGUCGUGCGUGCGUGCGUGCGCGCGUGUGUGUCCGUGUCCAUUUUUGUCAUCCAUGAAGGAGAAACGGGCGCAUAUAUGAACGUGAUUUUAUUCCACUCUUAAUGCUUCACAAGGACUUUACAGUUUGCCUGUACCGUGGUAAUGGAACCUGCUAGGAAGGGUGUACGUUCUCAAUAAAGUGCUGUAUGAAAAUGUGUCAAACUGAAUAAAAACAGCAGGGAUGAGGUUCUGCUGGAAAC